CCCCUCUACCGCGACUACUGCGUCCUCGGGGCCGGCCCCGCGGGCCUGCAGGCGGCUUACUUCCUCCAGCGAGCUGGCCGCGACUACGUGGUCUUCGAGCGCAGCCACGCUCCCGGCAGCUUCUUCGCCCUCUACCCUCGGCACCGCAAGCUCAUCAGCAUCAACAAGCGCUACACGGGGAAAGCCAACGGCGAGUUCAACCUCCGCCACGACUGGAACUCGCUGCUCAGCCACGACGCCCGGCUCCUCUUCCGGCGCUACUCCCGCGACUUCUUCCCCGCCGCGGACGCGAUGGUGCGGUACCUGGAGGACUUCGCCUCCCUGCUGGAGCUGCGGGUCCAGUACAACACGGCCAUCGUCCACGUGGCACUGGAGAGGGACGAGCGGGCCUGGAACGGACACUACUUCCUCCUGACCGACCAGGACAGGCAGAGUUACAAGUGCAGCUCUUUGUUGGUUGCCACUGGGACGUGGGUCCCCAACGUGGUAAACUUCCCUGGCUCAGAGUAUGUGGAAGGCUACGAGACUGUGUCCAUCGACCCAGAGGAUUUUGCUGGCCAGACUGUGUUGAUCUUGGGCCGAGGGAACUCGGCCUUCGAGACGGCGGAGAACAUUCUGGGCGUGACCAAUUUCAUCCACAUGGUGAGCCGGUCCCGCGUGCGCCUCUCCUGGGCCACCCACUACGUCGGGGAUCUGAGAGCAAUUAACAACGGCCUGCUGGACACCUACCAGCUGAAAUCUCUGGAUGGGCUUCUCGAGGGCGACCUGGAAGAUCUGGCUAUCCUCAAGGAUGAGAGGGGGCAGCUGCACGUCACGCUGAGGUUCUACCUGGAGAGCAGGAACGGCAGCACCGGCCCAGCCCUCCCGCAGGACCCCCUGGACAACUUCGCCACCCGCGCGCCCUACGACCGCGUCAUCCGCUGCCUGGGCUGGAAGUUUGACUUCUCCAUCUACAACAGGUCCCUUAAACUGAUGCCAGGAAAAGGGAAUAAAAACAAGUACCCUCAGAUCAAACCCAACUACGAGUCCAGGGGCACCCGGGGGCUCUUUGUUCUCGGCACUGCUAGCCACUCUAUUGACUUCAGGAAAUCUGCUGGGGGCUUCAUCCACGGGUUCCGGUACACGACUCGUGCAGUCCACCGCCUGCUGGAGAACCGUCACCACGGUGUCCCCUGGCCAGCCACAGCCUCCCCCAUCACACAGCUGACCAAUGCCAUCGUCAGGCGGGUGAACGAGGCCUCGGGCCUCUACCAGAUGUUCAGCGUCCUGGCUGACAUCGUGCUGCUGAGAGACAAUGCCACCACGUUUGAGUACCUGGAAGAGUACCCGGUUGGAGUCCUGCCUGAGCUGGAAGUGCAGACGGGGAGGAAGGCUCCCAGUGGGCUGUUUGUCAUCAUCAUGGAGUAUGGAAGGAAUUUCUCAGGAGCUGACAAGGAUGUCUUCUACUACAACCGAGCUGUGGGAGAGGCACAGCACGCCUGGCAGUCCAACUUUUUGCACCCUGUGAUUUACUAUUACAAACACCUCCCAACAGAGCAUGAGAUGAAAGCCCGGCCCCCAGACUGGCCCCUCCCACGCCCGGCUGCUGUCCAUCACAUCGUGGAGGAUUUCCUGACGGACUGGACGGCCCCCAACGCUCACAUCCUGCCCCUCAGGCGCUUUCUGGAGAACUGCCUCGGCACCGACCUGCGCUACUUCUUUGCAGAAUCCUGUUUCCUGUUCGCCUUCACCCGCCAGAAGCUGCCUCCCUUCUGCCAGCAGGGGUACGUGAGGAUGCAGGGGCUGGUGGGGAGCGAGGGGCUCCGGCGCCACGCCGUGGAAGCUGGCCUGCUGGAGGAUCACACUCCCACAGACUUUUUGGGCAGCAGACCCCCUGGCAGUCAGGAGGGGUCAGGGGACCAGCUGCUGAGAAAUCGGGUGAUCGCUCUCCGCCCGCUGCAGCCCCUCGCCAGCGCCAGGGAUGAGCUGUGA